CCCACCGAGAUGACAAGUUCCUGUUUGUCGGCGUUCAUCUCAUUUAUCCCACUGGUAAUUCAACAACCAUCGUAUCUCUCCAGUCGAUGCCACCCAUCCAUACCUCUACCGUCGUGCUGGAUGAGGUGGUUCAAGUCCCCGAGCUCUCAGACUGCAACUUUCCACUUGCGGCUCGAGACAGUCCACGAGAGGUCCUGCUUCAACAUGUGCGUGAAGCUUAUCUGGUCCCUUAGUCUGCAACACUGCAAUUUUGCAUUGGCUUUGCAUCAGUUGCAUCAGCACUGCCACCCGCUCUAUUGAAUCCUUCGAGUUUUCGGCAAGGAGUUAGCACGUGGGUUGGAUGGAUGGUGGUCAUGUUGGAUGGAUAGGACUGGGAGAGGAACUCUCCGGGAGGCCUCCUCUCUCCUCUCUCUCCCUACACUGUCUCUUUGUCAAGACCGGCCGGGAUUGAGAGUGGGUGAUGUGAGUGACCGUGGUUGAAACAACAGGAAACAGAAGACAGAAAAAUCGCGCGCACACGCGCGGGCGGCUCAACUUCCAGUGUCGGGAUAUGGAGCGGUGGAACGUGAUUGGUUGGGGCUAACUCCGACAUCUCGCUUCGUUCUCGUCAGGGCGUGCGUGCGACUGUGCAAAAGCAGAGGUCCGAACGAAGCGAAGGUGAGGAGACUGGUAGGAUCCAGAUGGCCGAUGGGAGGGUCGCGGAUGUGCCUGGUGGGGUGAGACACCGGCAAAAAGAAAGAUCAACAAUGCCUUUGGGCGCUGACAGAAUGCGAAAGCGAGUUCACAUUGGAAAAAAAAAAAAGACGAUGGCAGAAUUACAUAUCGUGAAGUAUCCUUUGGUGUUGCUCCCUCCAAGGAGUGACAUCGAAAUAAGGUUGUUUCGCCAAGAUUCCGU